GAGUUUCUGUUUUUUUUAGUAAAAUGCCAGACGUUUCGGUUUCCUUGUUAUACCCAAAACACAUUCCAACAUUUUCUUAUGUUCAAGUCGUCAAACAUUAAACUUCCUUCAAAAGUAUGUAUUAUUAUUAUUUAUCACAAAAUUACUUUUCCUAGAAAGCAUUCAUCAGCAUAACGAAUUAUAUAGAUUUCUAAAUACAUGAAGAGCAAAGCCGUGUUCUUCUGUUACUGUAUGUGUUAACAUACAUUGGUUUCAGAACAUCACUGGAGUGUAAAGUAAACAAGAUAUUUUCGAUAAAUGUUAUCAUAUUCGGUUUCGUUUUCAGCGCGCGGUUGCUCAUGUUUUAUAGCAACUCGUUUUUAGAAACGUCACCUGAUCAGAGGGUAUAAAAUAACACACCCUCUGCCACUUGCAGUAGAAAACAAACGAGCUUACAGUACUAACAGAGAAAAAAUGUUUUCCACAGAAAUAAAGGUACUCCUGCAAUUUUGCGUGGGCAGACUUUGCUGUAUCUUUGAAGGUGGGCUAGCUAAACUUUGCACUUGGCUUGGAAUAACAACACUGGUAUAUUACAGGAGAAUCGUUAAGUCAGAGGAGAAUGGUGCAGGAGAGACCCCCACCACUCCAACUCCAACCAGUGUAAAUUACCAUUUUACUCGCCAGUGCAACUAUACGUGUGGUUUCUGUUUCCACACUGCCAAAACAUCGUUUGUGCUACCGAUAGAAGAAGCCAAGACAGGUUUGCGGAUGUUAAAAGACUCAGGCAUGGAGAAGAUCAACUUUUCUGGAGGGGAACCAUUUUUGCAUCAGCGGGGCGACUUUUUGGGGAAGUUGGUGCAGUUCUGCAAGCAGGAACUGCGGUUACCAAGUGUCAGCAUUGUGAGCAAUGGAAGCCUGAUAACUGAGAAGUGGUUCCAGAAAUAUGGGGAGUACCUGGACAUUUUGGCAGUGUCCUGUGAUAGUUUUCAAGAGGAAACCAAUGCCUUGAUCGGCCGAAGGCAGGGGAAGAAGAGCCACCUGGAUAAUCUGCACAGAGUCAGGAGCUGGUGCAGUGAGUACAGAGUGGCUUUUAAAGUCAACUCUGUUAUUAACACCUUUAAUGUCAAGGAGGAUAUGAGAGACCAGAUCCGGGAACUUAAUCCUGUGCGCUGGAAGGUAUUUCAGUGUCUGGUUAUUGAUGGGGAAAAUGCUGGAGAGCAUGCCCUGAGAGAGGCUGAAAAGUUUGUGAUCAGUGAUGAAGAAUUUCAAGACUUCUUGGAUCGACACAGUGAAAUCACAUGUUUAGUUCCAGAAUCCAAUCAGAAGAUGAGGGAUUCUUACCUUAUCCUGGAUGAAUAUAUGCGAUUUCUGGAUUGCAGAGAGGGCAGGAAGGAUCCAUCCAAGUCCAUUCUCGAUGUGGGAGUGGAAAAUGCCAUACAGUUCAGCGGGUUCGAUGAAAAGAUGUUUCUAAAAAGAGGAGGAAAAUACGUUUGGAGCAAAGCAGAUAUGCGCCUUGAAUGGUGAUCUACCACUAGACUAACCGUUCCAGCAUAGGGUUUAUAUUGACAGUGUGCAGGGGUUUCUAUGCAGACUGUGUUUUCCAUCCACGAAUGUAUGUUUUAUGUUGAGGUUAAGAAAUGAGUUGUUAAUAUCAAUAAUUAUUUAUUAAUAAAAACAUUCCUUGCCUCAUGAGCUGUGGCUGACAGUUGAUUGUUACAGUUGUUUUCAUCUGUUUCUAGAAGCACAUUUGAAUCCCAUAGUGGAUAAUUAUACAGAAAAUGUGACCAUGUCUAGAUUGGACUCACAGGUUGUCCCAUUCAUUUGUGUAUAUACAAAAUAUAUCUUCUUUAUUUUUGUAUAAUAAGAAAGGUUGAAAGUACAAACCUUAAUAAAUCUGAUUAUAUCAGGUGUAAUGUGUACAAUAACAUACAGUAAAUUAAAUAUAAGUAUUUUAUAUAUAAUGGCAUAAUUUGUAAUGGGGUGUAUUGUGGUUGGUGAAUUUCUGGAUUUCAGAGAGGGCAGGAAGGAUCCAUCCAAGUUCAUUCUCAAUGUGGGAGUGGAGAAUGCCAUUCACUUCAGCGUGUUUGAUGAAAAGAUAUAGAUAUAGUUAUAGAUAUAGAUGAUCUUUGACUUUUGUGUAACAUCUGGCUGCAGAUGGAACUGGCAGCAUCCCCAGUUUGAUACUGGAAUAAGAUUUUACAGACUGGUUUCAAGUUCAGAUGAAAACAUACCACUAGACAAGCAUUUCAACAAGUCUUUAGUAAUGUCUUUAUAUGUUAUAACAAUAUAUUGGUUUGUUUUUAUACUGCUGUAUGUUUUAUGAUUAAGUGUUCAUGUAUGACUGAUUAUGCCAGUACUGUAUAUAAGGAAAAAAAGUGUUCUGUUUUCAUUUUACUGUAUUUUAAUGUAUUCUAUUUCACCUGUAAUUGUACAAAGUAAAUAUUUAAUAAUAUAUAAAUGUUUUGUUGUAGUGUUUUAUGGUUAUCAAUAAGUAUUAAGAAGUAUUUUGUAUUAGUCUUAAAUAAAAUACAAAUAAAAUACAAA